AUGGAACCAUGCAAUAAAAAGCUAAGAGGUUAUGAUAAUAUGAAAAUUGAUGUCUUAGGCAAAGUGUUAGCUCCUGUACUUUAUAAUAGCAGAAAGGUUUCGCAGGUAUUUUAUGUUGUUGAUUCUUGUAAUACAAAUUUGUGUGGUAAAGAUUUAAUGCAGCAAGUAGGUAUUUAUCUGGCUGGAAUAGAUGAAGGUACUAGAGUAAUAAAGGUUGCUAAUGUGAGUGCAGAAAAGCUGCUAGAUAAUUACUUGGUAGAUUCAAGUAAACCUAUUACUGGUGUUUUGGCUAAGAUUCAUUUAAAAGGUAAUGCUACCCCAAAGUUUAUGAAAGCACGCACAGUUCCUUUUUAUUACAAGAAAGUGAUUGAAGAUCCCUUAGAUAAGCUAGUAGCGGAUAAAAUGGUGAAACCCAUAUCACAUAGUGAAUGGGCAGUUCCUAUUGUACCUGUAUUGAAAGAAAAUAAGGUUGAAAUGAGGAUUUGUGGAGAUUUUAAAGUUUUGAAUAAACAAAUUCAUUGUGACAGGUAUCCGUUACCAAAGAUAGAGGAAUUGUUAUCUGUUGUUGGUAAGGGAAAGUUUUUUUCCAAAAUUGAUUUAAAGAAUGCUUACCUUCAAAUACCUGUUGAUGAGAAAAGUCAAGAGUGCUUAGUAAUUAAUACUCAUAAAGGAUUGUUUAAAUAUAAGCUCUUACCUUUUGGCUUGUCCUCAUCUCCUGGUAUUUUCCAAAGGUUUAUUUCUCAACUGUUGGCAAAUGUGGAGGGUGUAGCUGCUUAUUUAGAUGAUAUUAUUGUAAGUGGUGCUACCAAAAAGGAGCAUGAUCACCGAUUAAGAAAGGUUUUGGAACUUUUGUAA